UACGCACAUUGUAUCUGCAAGCAAGGCCACCUCACUUCCUCGUAGUUCCUGUAUUGCUGUCAUCCAACUGGUCCACUGUGUCUUUAAAGCGCACAGUUGAUAGCGCCUAAUCCGGCUACAUUCCCGAUAUCAACACGCCCGGCCCUCAGCCCCCGGCAACAUACCGACGGGUUUUCAGAGACCGUUCGGGCCGUAUGGCACUACUUAAGGCCGGGGCAGGGUAUCGCGGAACUACUCAGGACACCGAGAGCUUCACAACAGGAGACCCGGAAAUGGAGUCUCACAGCUCACAUCGGCAGGUCUCCAAGAAGAGGCGAAGGGAGGGAUCUAAUGCCGAGGCAGAGGAAGGCGAGCGGCCGGGGAAGGUUCCGCGCUGCACCGUGGGGGUGAAAGAUCCGGCGCCGUUCGCGGACCAGCUUGCGACGCCGGCCACGCCCUACCUGCGCGUCAGCAUGGAGGAGGCCCGUAAGGGAACCCCACUGGAACGGCCCGUUCGGGUGUAUGCAGACGGGAUCUUUGACGUCUUCCACUCGGGACACGCCCGCGCACUCAUGCAGGCCAAGCGCCUCUUCCCAAACACGCAUCUCAUAGUGGGCGUUUGCAGUGAUGAUCUGACGCACAAGUUCAAGGGCUUCACGGUCAUGAACGAGGACGAGCGCUACGACGCGGUCAGCCACUGUCGCUACGUCGACGAGGUCGUCCGCGACGCCCCCUGGACGCUCUCUCCCGAGUUCCUGGCCAAACACCGGAUCGACUUUGUCGCUCACGACGAUAUCCCAUACUCCUCUGCUGGGAGUGACGACGUUUAUAAGCACAUCAAGGACGCGGGCAUGUUUGCCCCCACCCAGCGGACAGAGGGCAUCUCCACCUCUGACAUCAUCACUCGCAUCGUCCGCGACUACGACUUGUACGUGCGUCGCAACCUGCAGCGAGGGUACACUGCCAAAGAGCUCAACGUUAGCUUCAUCAACGAGAAGAAGUACCACCUGCAGGAGCGCGUGGACAAGGUGAAGCGGAAGGUCAAGGACGUGGAGGAGCUCUCCAAGGAGUUUGUGCAGAAGGUGGAGGAGAAGAGCAUCGACCUCAUCCAGAAGUGGGAGGAGAAGUCGCGCGAGUUCAUCGGCAACUUCCUGCAGAUGUUCGGCCCGGAGGGGGCGCUGAAACACAUGCUGAAAGAGGGGAGGGGCCGGAUGCUCCAGGCCAUCAGUCCCAGGCAGAGCCCCAACAGCAGCCCGACCCGCGAGCGCUCCCCGUCCCCCACCUUCCGCCUCCCGUUCUUCACCCGGUCCCCCCCGUCCUCCCCCCCGCACCACGGCCAGGGGUACCCCAUCAGCGAGGACGACGAGGACGGAGAGGACUAGGGCUUUCCUCGCCUCCACCCGUCCCUAGCCCCCCCUCAACCAAUCAGGACCUCCCUGUCCACCCCCACCCCCCCUCAACCAAUCAGCACCUCCCUCUCCCCUCCACCCCCCCUAAACCAAUCAACACCUCGCUCUCCGUUUCGCUUGUCUCGGUAGUCCCACUUCUCUCUAUCGCUCUCUCCAUCUCAUUCUGCCCCCCCCCUCCCUCCCUCCCCUUUGCGGCGCUGUAAAAAUGGCCAGCUCAGCUCAUAUAACCAGAGCGGCUGGAAUCCCUCAGGACGGCUGUGUUUUUAAUGGGGGGGGGGGGGGGGUUUAUGGUGCCGCCUGUCUUUCUGGAGGCGUGCCCACGCGCGCGGGCUACACCUGUCUCCAGGUACGGCGUGUCCUCGGGCCGCGCCACGCCUCCGAAUUAGGGCGAGGCUGACGCCAAGUCCGAGUCGCCCUCUGGUCGGCACGUAGUGACAGAGUGCCAUUUCUCCUCCCCUUUGUUCCAACACGCAACCCAGUGACAACACCACACGCACACACACACACACACACACACUAUGAGGACAUACUGUCCACCUCUUUCUCUCUCUGACCACACCCUCUACACUCUCACCCCUUUCCCACAUCUCCCUCCCUCCAGAAAUAUCCAAUCAGGUAUUGUCCUCCUCUCGCAGACGGACUGUUCCAUUCUUGGAGGGGGGGGGAGUGCUCAUUGUUUGGCAACUGUGUGGGAACAUACCUAAGCCCGGUUUAAAUGUGCUAUGACUUAACCUCACGAUUUAACCUUAACCACUGUACACAAUUUGGGCAUAGUUUUCCCUUCAGAACACACGCACGCACGGACGCACCCAGGCACGCGCGCACGCACGCACACACGCACGCGCGCACGCACGCACACAGAGGGAUGCCACUGUUUAUUCUGGAAUGUUCUGCGGCCCCACCCUUCCUCCUUUGAAUUCCCUGGUUCUGUAUUUCCACUGCUGGGGGAGCAUCAUACCACGCCCCCCCCCCCCCCCUUUACCACCAGUGACUGCCAGUGGCCUCCGGUUAGUGACAGAACAUUUGGGUGUUGGGUCACCUGUUCUUGGAUCAGUGUUUUUGGAGGCUGUGCCACGUACACAACACCUCACCUUUCUUCUUUCUCUCAGUCUCUCGUUCAUCAGUCCCCAAAGCACAGAACACAACCAGUAUGAAGCCAUAACGUGGAGUGGAAUGGUGUUGAAUGAUGCGAUUGUCAUUUUUUAUUACUGUAUUACUGUUAUUAAUAUGAGCACUACUUGGUUUUUUGUUUAAUUUUGGAAAUUGGCUGUACUAGGCACAGUGGUCCUGCUCUCUGCUGUGAUUGGCAGGUCGGAUUCCUUCCCAUCUUCCCAUUGGCAAACGGAGUCAAGGUCCUGUCCAAUCAUUUCUUCCAGUCUUGUGCUCCACUGUGAACGCUAGUACAUUUUUACUGGGUAUGACGGUCUCCAUAUUUUAAACACGUGAUUUUUUUUGUUUUAUUAUUAUUAUUAUUAUUAUUAUUAUAAUAAAAAUUACAGCAUAAUGUAUAUUUACUAAUAUAGUUUAAAUUGCUUUUUAAAAAAAGUAUCGUUUCUGUUGUGAUGAGGUUUGACCAUCUACAUUUCACUCUUGGAGCAGUCGGAAUCCUCAAACCUUCACACCGAACUAAACAUCUACCCCUGUACGCUUGUGAGGAAUUGUAAAUUACAACUUUCACAUUCACAACUUUGGCCAAAGUAAAAAAAAAAAAACUUUUUGAAACUCCUAAACUGUGGUUGGUUUCGGGGAAUACGAGUGCGUACGUCUGGGCUGACGGCUUCGAUGUCCUUCUGAAAUGUGUGUGUGUGGAAUUAAGGCCAGUUCUUCAUUCUUUUUUUGCCAGUAUCAGUGUUCUGAACUGAGAAUUAAAAAAUGCAAACGAAAUCGUA